GCUCGUUCUUCCACCAAGACACUGUCUUCGUUCCGGCCAAGCUGCUGCUUCCUCUGUCGCCGGAGUUCACCACUGCCAACGCCUUCUCCGCUCCAGCCUUCAGCCGUCGCCGUCCCGUUGUGCGGCCGGUCAAUCUCAUCCAAUUCCAGCAAUCCUAACCCUAGAGCUUUUGGCAGUAUCUUCACAUUAUUAAUUAAACUGAAAGAAGAUGCAACAGCAAAGGCUAAAGCAGCAACAUGCUCUGAUGCAACAGGUGUACCCAAAUCCCAGUCUCAUGGGUAGUCCUCAGAUAGAGCCUAUCUCGAGUGGAAAUCUUCCUCCUGGCUUUGAUGCAUCUACUUGCCGUAGUGUAUACGUAGCAAAUAUUCACCCUCAGGUCACGGAACCCUUUCUGCAAGAAGUUUUCUUGAGUACUGGUCCUAUUGAAGGAUGCAAACUUGUUAAGAAAGAUAAGGCAACCUAUGGUUUUGUGGACUACUUUGAUCGCAGAUCAGCUGCCCUUGCUAUUGUCACUCUUAAUGGAAGGCAGCUAUUUGGGCAACCUAUUAAAGUUAAUUGGGCAUAUGCUAGCAGCCAGAGGGAGGAUACAUCAGGUCAUCACAACACUUUUGUUGGUGAUCUCAGCCCUCGAGCUCAAUCCCUGCUCCUCCAAAUGGCGUCCUUAGCUUCUAAGCUCUUUGAAGUUUCCCCGAAUCGAGCCAUUUGGGUUUCGGCUUUUCGUGUGUCUCAGCCUUCUUUCCUUUCUUCACAGAUGCAAUCAAUGCCUCCUCCUCCACUUGAAUCUACCCCUACUUCCACUAAAGAAGUCAUCUCGUUGUUUGCUUCCCUCCAAACCCAGCUCUUCGAAGCGGUAGGCCAGCUCCAAGAAAUCCUGGACCUUCAAGAUGCUAAGCAGAAGAUUGCCAGGGAAAUUAGGUUUAAAGAUGGUGCAGUCCUUGCUUUUGCUAAUAAACUUAAGGAGGCGGAGCAGGUUCUCGAUGUUCUAGUUGAUGAUUAUUCCAGUUAUCGGAAGCCGAAGAGGUUGAAAUUGGAGGAUAAUGGUGUGAAGGAUGCUGCUGCUGCUGAUGGUGAUUCUUGUACCACUACAGUUGUAUCUCGUUUAAAUUUGUCAGAUAUUUUGUCCUAUGCACAUCGGAUUAGUUACACUACUUUUGCACCUCCUGAGUUUGGUGCCGGACAAGCACCGCUUCGUGGGGCGCUCCCCCCUGCACCACAGGAGGAGCAGAUGCGUGCUUCUCAGCUUUAUAACUUUGCUGAUCUCGAUGUUGGUUUACCUAAGACAGCCGAGACUAAGGAGAAAACUGUCGAGGCUAUCAUUGAGCCACCGCCUGCACAGCCUGCAGAUACCAAUCCGCUGGCUAAUUUGGCUGCCCUUCAGGGCUUGCUUCCACCAAAUUUUACAGUUCCAGCAGGCUGGAAACCCAAUAUGCCGGUGGAGUUGCCAGCCAACUUGCCAGUGCCACCACCAGGAUGGAAGCCUGGGGACCCAGUACCACUACCUCCAUUGGACUCCUUGUCUAUACCUAGGAUGGAAGGGCCGAACAUGCGGCCUGUUCCACCUCCAGGGUUACAUAAGCAACCUGAGCCAAUUCAGGUGCGACACGUUGAGCUCGACAUUCUUGAUCCAGAUGAUGAUAGCAGUGAUUAUAGUAGUGAUGAUGGAAGCUCUGAUGAUGAAGAUUGAUGAACUGGUGGUCUGAAAUUCUUGGAAGUAAGCGUACUUGCAACUUAUAACUCUUAUGUUGAGAAAUGAAAUCGAACUCGAGUUUCGAUCAUUUACCUUUUUGCUAUCGUUUCUUUUCACUUAACUGAGUAGAAAAUGAGAAGGUACUAGGCUUUGUUUUACACUAACAUUCUGUGUCCUGGUAAAGAAAUAGAUAAUGAAUUCUUUGAAGCAUCAUUCUUCGUUAGGAAUUCAUUGAUUUCCCACUAGAGGAACUAAUUAGUGGUAUAUAUAAAACUGCUAGACGUGUCACUGUAUUAUUGGUAUGCCAUUUGAAUAAAGAGGUAUACAUAAAUAUAUGAAAGUUGUCAUAACUUGGUAA